AUGGCUUCCUCUGCACGUGUCGUUUGUUGGCAAAACCGUGAGGAAUGGCUCUAUGUUUACAGAACUUUAUACAAUUUCGACGAUCCAGAGGGUCAGAAAAGAGGAAUAGAUCGCGUGGCUGCCUGGAAAAGCCGCAGUAUGGGUAAACUUCCCCUUGCUAUCGAAUGCACAGUAAAUCUCAUUUCAGCUCAUUUGAUAUCCACAUGCAACACUCAUGAUCAAGGCCGGUUGACUCUUGCGAUGGCGAUAGUACGCUUCGUAAAUGGAAUGGUUGAUUUGGAUCAGAAAGGAAAGUUUGCCCGCUCAGUGCAAACAAUUGCAGAGGAAAUAGGUUUACCUAAAUGGCUGGUUGAUAUACGGCACGAGUCCGCACAUCAAAAUUUGCCUUCCUUAGAAACUCUCCGUUGUGGCGUACGAGCAAGCUUGUCAUGGUUGCAGUAUGAAUACUGGGAAGCACAGCUUAAAAUUCACGAUGGGAACAUAAAAAGAUUAAUAGAGCUACUCGAAAAGUACAGGGAACUAACCUUAAGACCUAGUGUCAAGAGUAAAAAGAAGGCGAAGAGCAAGACUGACAACAAACUAACACAACUGUCAAACUCCAUAGCUGACACGGUAUCUAGGAGCAAUCUUUGGUCUCUUUUGCCAAGUCUUCUGUUCCAGAAGGGCAUGUUAGUCCCUUCUUGUGAGCACAUAAGUUUAUCAAGUAUAAAUCAAUCAACUAAAGAUGGCCUCUUUGCAGAUUUAAAGACCUCGGAAGUCAUAGGAGAGAUAUUUAAGAUUUGGAAACCAUUGAUAGAAGCACUUGAUAAAUUGUCUCCAGAAUUUUUAAUGUCUACAAUACAUUAUCUCCUUGUGGGAGACCAGUCUGCCAUCACAGAUAAAGAGAAAGACCUAUCUCCUUAUUUUACUGAAUGGGUGAAACAUUUCCUACUGUUGAUGUCAAAAGAAAAGUGUUGUGAGGUUCCCUUGAUGAACAUUCUAAAAAUUGCCCUGGAAAAUCCAACACAGUCUUAUUUGACAAUUAUUUCCAAAAUAUUGGAAAAAAUGCACUUGAUUGAUUCUAGCUUGAAACAUAAAGUACUGCAUCUUGUUGAAGUUUUUCUUGAGCAACCCCUUUCAGAAUGUUGUUGUGUUAAUGAUAUGGAAGAAUUUCAAGAAUCAAAUCUGGAAGAGUGGAUGGCAAGGAGAAGCAAAAUCUGCACUAAAACUGCACUUCAACAAGAUGAGGGAGCUCCUCAAUGGCAACAAGGCAGUCAGCAGGAUUCAACUUUGUGGCACUUCAUUCCGUUUGGAGAAGUUCUUGGAGCUGAUUUUGAGUUAGAGUUAUCAGUGUGACUUUGAUAGUUUCAUUCAUGACACUUUUAAA